AUGAGGAGUAGAAGUAAUUCUGGAGUUCGCUUGGACUACUAUCAAAGAUUGGUACACAAAAUCAUAAUGGAACAUCAGAACCCAGUUACUGGAUUGAUUCCCGUCAGUUUGGAAAACAAUCACGCUUGGAUUCGAGACAACGUUUACUGUAUUCUGUCUGUGUGGGGCUUGUCCAUGUCCUAUAAAAAAAUGGCUGAUCAAGAUGAAGACAGAGCGAAAACCUAUGAGCUAGAACAGUCCUGUGUCAAGUUGAUGAGAGGUUUGCUCAUGUCUAUGAUGCAACAAAAAGACAAGGUCGAGCGAUUUAAGCAAACUCAAAACCCUCUAGAUUCACUACAUGCUAAAUACUCUUCAAAAACUGGGCAAAUCGUAGUUGGAGACAAAGAAUGGGGUCAUCUACAAAUAGAUGCUAUAUCCUUAUAUUUGCUUGUGCUUGCUCAGAUGACUGCUUCUGGUUUGCAGAUUGUUUUCAACUUAGAUGAAGUAGCAUUUGUCCAGAAUCUGGUAUUUUAUAUAGAAUGUGCCUAUUGUACUCCUGAUUAUGGCAUAUGGGAAAGAGGUGACAAAACUAACCAUGGAUUGCCUGAGCUGAAUGCUAGUUCUAUUGGAAUGGCCAAAGCUGCUCUGGAAGCUAUGAAUGAACUUGACCUAUUUGGAGCUAGAGGGGGGCCUUACAGUGUCAUCCAUGUCUUAGCUGAUGAGGCCCAAAAGUGCCAAGCAGUAUUACAGUCAAUGUUACCCAGGGAAUCUAGUUCCAAAGAAAUCGACAGUGGGAUAUUGCCAGUUAUUGGCUUUCCUGCCUUUGCUGUAGAUGAUCCUGAAUUGAUUACUUAUACAAGGGAUUGUAUUAUAGAUAAAUUGGAGGGCCGUUUCGGCUGCAAGAGAUUUUUGAGAGAUGGAUACAGGACACCUAAAGAGGAUCCAAGUCGAUUAUAUUAUGAACCAUGGGAAUUGAGGAUGUUUGAAAAUAUUGAAUGUGAAUGGCCACUAUUCUUCUGUUAUUUGAUUUUAGACCACUGUUUCAAAGGAAACAAAGAACUUGCUGCUAACUAUACCCGACAACUGGAAAAUAUUAUGAUCAGAACUGAUGAAGGUUUACGACUGGUCCCUGAAUUGUAUUCGGUACCUGCUGAGUUUGUACCAGCAGAAUACGAAGAACCUGGAAGUCAGGAUAGAAUACCACUAGGACAAUGCCCAUUCCUCUGGGCACAGUCUUUAUUCAUUCUUGGAAAGUUACUCCAAGAAGGAUUUCUGGCUCCUGGAGAAUUGGAUCCGCUCAAUAGGCGACUAUGUUCCGAAAAAAAGCCAGACGUAGUGGUGCAAGUCGUUAUUUUGGCUGAAGAUGUCGAAAUAAGGAAUAAAUUGGCUGAGCACGAAAUUCACGUUCAGACAAUUGCUGAGGUUGCACCCAUUGAAGUGCAACCUGCCAAAGUUCUAUCACAUUUGUAUACAUACUUAGGGCGCAAUAGGAAGCUUGGAUUGUCAGGAAGGAAGUCAAGAGAUGUUGGUAUAUUAUCAACAAGCAAGCUGUAUUCUCUCGGGGAGAAAAUUUUCGCAUUCACUCCACAGAACUUUGACCCCGAAGAGUACUACACGAGCUACGACAUGGCCCUUUUAGCCGACAAAGUGGUUACCCACUUGGCGUUUCUAACGAUGAAUUGGCGAAACGUGCUCGGAAGGCCUACGAUAACUGUAGUAGCUACGAAAAAUCAUCUAGAGGAUGGAAAACUCCCACUUGCAAUGAUUACUACAAUGAAGAAACUGAAAUCUGGAUACAUAAAUGGCACAAGAGUAACUUUGGGCCAUCUGACAGAUUUCCUGAGCACAAGUUGUAUAACAAAUCUGAAUUUUUUGGGAUGCCAGGAAGAGGGCUUGCCUGAUAAAUUGAAUCCUCAAGUUCAGCGCUAUUUGGAAGAACAUUCAGUGGAUUCUCUAUCUCAUAAAUCGUCGUUAUUGACAGUAUGUAGGACUGGUCUGAAACAGAGAAAUUUAAAGAGGAAAAUGUCUGUUAGAGGAGCCAUCAAAAAAACCCGGUCCAUCAGUGUCGAUUCGGAAACAUUGGGUAUGGAAAGCAAAGCGAGCCUAGAGAGGAGGGGCUCCAUGUUUUUCGCUUGCCAUCCCCUAGACACUGUUGACAAUGCUUCCAAGGAUCAGUUGAUAUCUACUUCGCCCGAUCAGAAACAGAGGAUGCCCAUGGACGCACCGAAAAAAACGAAGAGAGAACUGCCCAGCAUAAGCGUGACAAGACACAGACAUAUGUCAGAAACGCAGUAUGAUGGUACAGAAGUAGACGAACUGUUCGCGAUGCUGAGAGAAUCAGAAUCGCUGGACGAACAGGGCGACAUCCUUCAGUACCUGGUCGAUUCGAAGGGCCUGGACUACAACACCGGCAUGCUGGAGAACGGGAAAGUCGUGACGGUCAAGGACCUUCUCAAAGGCUUGUACGAGAAGGCUUGCCACCAGAAGAUGUGGGGAUUGGUCAGACAUACAGCCGGGAUGCUAGGUAAAAGAGUGGAAGACCUCGCUAAGUCGGUGACAGACUUGCUGGUCAGACAGAAGCAGAUAACGGUCGGCAUGCCGCCGAACAACGAGCACACCAUUACUGCUCCUUUGCCCGAAAGCGAUCUGAGGCUUCUCAUCCACGAAGCUUACGGAGAAGAUGACAGCACAGCCAUGUUGACCCAAGAACUCCUCUCGUACCUGUCGAUGUUCAUCAGAACGGAGCCGCAGCUGUUCAUGGAGAUGCUGCGCCUGCGCGUCGGCCUCAUCGUUCAAGUGAUGGCCACCGAGCUGUCGCGCACUCUCAUCUGCGACGGAGACGACGCUUCCGAGCACCUGUUGAACCUGAGUCCGUUCGAGAUGAAGAAUCUGUUGUAUCAUAUUAUCAGCGGCAAGGAGUUCGCUAUAAGCAGCGUUGGAAGAGGAAACUUCUCAAUUGUCACGAAUAAAUCUAGUCGCAUUAGUAAGAAAAGUCAUAUUAGUCUUUCAUCAGACAUCAUGGCGGAUGAUUCUGUUGAAUCAGAUAAACAAGGUCAGUGGCUGAGAAGGAGGAGACUAGACGGUGCACUAAACCGAGUCCCUAGGGAUUUUUACCAAAGAGUAUGGGGUAUACUUGAGAAAUGUCACGGUAUCGACAUAGCUGGCAAAGUGCUGCCGCAAACGCUCACCCAAGAGAUGACCUCCGGCGAACUAAAGUUCGCUCUCGCAGUCGAAACUGUUCUCAACACGAUCCCGCAGCCCGAAUACAGACAGCUCAUCGUCGAGGCGCUGAUGGUGCUGACGCUGGUGUCCGAGCACAACGUCGUGCCUUCGCUGGGCGGGAUCAUCCAAGUCGAGUAUCUGGUGCAUGCGGCCAACGAGUUGUUUCUGGACGAUCAGAUGAAAUGCGACGGAGACGCCACUCUGUGCUGCGGCAAGCCGAAAGACUUGCGCGAGACGACGCGAUCGGGCGGGCUGCUCUGCGGCGGCGCCGCCUACGUCUGCCAGCACUUCUACGACAGCGCCCCCAGCGGCUGCUACGGCACCAUGACCUACUUGACGCGCGCUGUCGCCGUCACGAUGGAUUGCCUGCCCAAGCACGGGGAUGUUGACUGCUCGAUAAGUUGA